AUGGAGUCAGAUUACGAUCGAAAAUUCGAAGAAAUGAAAGCUUAUAUUCCUUUCUUGGAAAGAAUGAUAACAAGGCUGGACAUUGGCGACACACCGAGAAACCCGCGGCAGGCGCAGCUUGAUAAAAUCAGAUCUCUAAGAGAUUUAUUACAAAAUAAGAAAAAAAGAAUGAAAAUGGAAAACUUAUUAAAAUGCGAACAAGUCUUGAUAACUCUCCAUACAAAAGUCGAACAGAGAGAUGCUGUAACGGAAAAAAGAGAAUUCGAAAAAAAAACUGAAGCAUCCGAUUUAAAAGAAGCUAGAAACAAGUUAAAGUCAGUUGUUUCAAGACUGAGUCCAGAAGUAGAUAGAGAUGGUGCUAUCACAGAAGUACAAUUGAAGAGAAAUACAGAGUCAGCAUUGUUUCAGAGAAGACCUAAACAAAAAACAAUAUCGCCCAUCAGGGGCUUAAUAAGUGACGAUAAAAGUUGUUUACCACAGUCAUCUAAACGAAACUAUACGCGAGUUCUACAUUCUCCCGAAAAAAGUUUCAGACAUUGGCCUGAGAGUUCAAAAACAGAGCUGCCUCUUGUUAGCCGUAGGUCACCACGAAAGUCCUCACAUAGAUAUUCUCCUUCGUAUAAGAAAGAAAAGAAGAAGUCAAAAAAGUCUAAGCAAACUAAGCUAAGGGAUCUUAAUAUAACCCUGAGUGUUCCUGAAGAGAAGUUGAAUUCAUUGGAUACGGACGACAUAAUAACAAGAAUUAUCAAUUGUAGUGACAGUGACGUUGAUAUUACUACGCUACGUGAAUUGCAUUCACAGAUUUUAAGAGAACUGAAGAAUACUGGAGUGAAGGAUGACAUUUCUGAACUAUUGCUGAAAUCUUGCAAAAAAAACAAUAAAAAUAAAGUUGCAAUGGCGACUGAAAUUGAAGAAGGUGAAUUGUCUGAUAGUGAAAGUGAAGCUAUAGAAAAUAUUUAUGGAAGUUUAGUUAUUACGAAUAAAGACACGUCUACUUCAACUGUUAUAAAUGCAGAAAAAGAUAAAUCUCGAAAAAUACAAAUAUGUCUUGUAAUUAAUUCGGACAGAAAUGAACAAGAUCCAACAAAACAAGAAAUCACUGAAAAUAAAAAUGCUACGAUUGUUGAUAACUCAGAAUUUCAAUCUUUUUCUCAGACUGAUGCAAAUUUGAAAGUAAAUAAAUCAUUAGAAAUCGAUGAAAAUCAACAACAUGGAGUUCUGGAUGGUAUCAGUAAAACUCAUAAUUCUUAUUUAUUAAAAAAAGAAGAUAAACAACUACAUAACAUGCAAGAAUGUGAAGCUAUGCUGCUACACGGCAAGCCAAUUGAUAAAGACAAAAAAGUUGCGGACAGAGAUAUACCUGAAAAAGUCAACGAAGUUGAUGCGGUUUCGUCAAAAGGAACGCAGUCUACAUGUGAGGAAUCUAUUAAAGACGGCAAAGCUACAGAAAAAAGUGUGCUACUAAAUACUGAAAGUAAAACUGAAACAUUGCCAGAUAUAGAAGGCAUUGAAGAAAGUAAAGCAAAAUCUUUUAUUCCUAACUUUUAUAAGUCCGGUAAAGUCAAUGAAGCCAGUGAAGUGGAAUCGGUUGUGAAAUCUAGUACUUGUCAGGAAGUGGUGGAUGUGCAAAAAAACAAAAUAAGCAACGAAAGAGAAUCUGUUAAAAAUGUUAAUACGAAAAGUUCUGUUGAAAUUCCGCUUUUAGACUUAGAAGCAUCUAAUAAAAAAGACAUUGUCUCAGAGAUAGACAUCUUACAGGCUUUAAAAAAGGAAAUAUUAGGCGAAACGACAAUUGCACCGAUAAUAACAUCUACUGAUGACACCAAUACUCCGGCUCUUCAUCAGCCUAAAAUAACAAAAGUAGCUAGAGCCCAAGAAAUUGUUAAAAAGAGAAUAUCGAUCGAAAAUUAUAAACAGAAAUGUAAUGAACCUACGAAACCAUUGUUUUUCCGCGAUGUUAGUCAAAAGAGUUCGAAAGAAGAUCAGAACAAAAAGCAAAGCCUAAAACUAACAGAGAAAGAAUGUGAACGAUUUAAAUUGCCAAUAAAAUUACCUUUAAACGAUAGUUCUGAAGAUGACGAUGAUUUAAUGGAGUCGCUAAAUGUUUAUUCUGAUUUGGCUCCGAAGUCGCCUGAUCACGAAGACUUUGCCGAUUUGGGAAUAAAACCACCAGUUAUAAUACCCUCUGACCCAGUUAAACCUAUCGUAGUCAAUACUUUUCUUGAUGUCGAUAUGAGAAAUGUUGAUGAUUUUUCUUAUAAAUCUGCAGAAUAUUCCGCAGAUUUGAAUAUCAGCACUGAAAAACAUUUAAAUCUAUCUAACCCUCGCAGAACAAAUUCUCGUUGGGAAAUCCCACAAUCUGACGAAACUUAUAAGCCUGAAGGAAAAGUUGUGUUACCCGGCAUAUCUUCAGACGGUCAACAACCUAGUAUGAUCCCAAGUAGAAAUACAUCGGGUUCACACAUGACGCCUAGUCGACUAAGUGCCACAAGCGUAACACAACCUACAUUAAUUGCAUCUGAUAGUUCAUCAAAAUUUAUGCCUAUGACCCCUAAUGCUAGGACUUAUGAAAUGACUUCAUCUCGUGUUGAUUCAGAAGAUUUUUCAGGUAGUAAGCAUGUUUAUGCUCCUAUGUUUUCAGGAGGAAAUAAAGGUGAUAGAAAUGAACAACGUAACAGUGAAUCAUAUAUAUGGGAAAUGAAUACUGUGUCAAAAGACAUUGAAUUCGACUCGAGAGAUUCGUUUGGAAGAUACCAACGUCCUAAUACCCCUAUCCAAUCAUUUGCCAGGCACGAAGGUAAGCCUACGCUGUUACCAUCGUUUGGAAGAAUAGAAUGCCCAUCUACUCCAUUGCCCUCAUUUGGAAGAAGAGAGUGCUCAACACCCUUGCCAUCAUCAUUCGGAAGAAACGAAAGAGCAAUGACACCUGUUAACUCGUUUACCUUAAUGGACGGGUCUAGAACUCCCGUUCAUUCUUAUGGCAGGACUGAUGAGGCAGUAAGAUCUACUUAUCAAUAUAACAGAUCAGAACGGUUAAUAACACCGGGUCAUACAUUUUCUCAGUUUGAUGGUUCCUCAACACCGAUUCAUGCAUAUGGUCGAGCAGAUGCGCCAACAACGCUCGCUCAUCCCUUUGGCCAAGAGGCUAGUCAGUUAGAUAAACCGUCUUAUUCGUUUGGGAGAUCAGAUGAUCGAGGAACACCUACCCAUUCAUAUGGAGGCCUUGACGGGACAGGAACACGCGUUAAUUUAUUAAGACAAGAUGGUUCGGGUACACCGGGUUAUUCAAAUUACUCAGAAGGUUGCACAACACCGUCUCAUUCAUUUGGUAGAAGUGAUUAUAUGAGACAAUAUCAAGUCACAAAGCCAAUCCAUGGAAGAAACGACCCAAGACUUAACAGAAGUUCCGAUUUUGACAACUAUAAGAAACGAGAAGACAAUAGGGAAUAUGGAUUUUAUAAAGAACAAAAGUAUAAUCCUGAUUAUGGUUAUGAUCGGCGAGGGCCAGAUGAUUUCAGGAAAUAUAAACAGCAUUUCGGAAGAAAAGAUAUGAACAGGGUUCAUGAUCGGAAAAAUGAGGGAUAUUUUAAAGACGUUGUGUCGGGUAAAGAUAAAUUUGACAAUCGUUACACUAACAGUAAGGAAACGUUAAGCUAUCGUGAUAAAAAAGAAUAUCAAUUUCAUAAUGACCGUUAUAACUUACGAGAGCAUUCAGCAGAAAGGAAUUUUUCGAAUCACAGAGCACAAUGCAAUACUUAUGAAAAUGAUAGUGAUUUGGAUGGUAGGUUAUUUAAUAAAGAUAGAAGUGAAAAUACAUCUCUUCAAAACAUAGAACAAAACAAAAAAUCGUUAAGUAAUUUUGAUAAUCGAAGACGGCGGGCUCAAAGUGUUGGUAGAAUUGAUAAUUUUGGUAAUCGCCGGCGAGCUACUAGUGUUGGUAGACUUAAUCAUUUUGAUAAUCGCCGUCAACGAGCUUCUAGUGUUGGUAGGGUUUUAAUUCGUGAACGCAGCCUUGAUCGAACUACUCAUGAUAAUAAACAAACCACAAAUAAAUCUGAUAUUGUUAGUAAACGCGAAGAUUUUCGUCGGGCAUCUAGUGUCGGUAAGGAAUUGCACAUUCCUCGGUCUGAAAGCUUUAAAAAUAUAAAGGACGAUUUACGUUUAUUUAAAAUAAAAAACGAUCACAAUAUGGAAAAAAGAUUUGGGGCCAAAAGUAACGUAAAAACAAAAAGUUUUCAAAACAAAAGUGAUACUAGUACUGAUACAAGGAAAUCGGACUUUAAUACCCAAUUUCAAAAGACACAAUCGAUUAACCGACGUUCUCCCAGAAAUAAUUAUCAAAAUCCUAAAUCGCGUCGUGAUUUAAAGUUGCAACAUAAGGAAAAGCAUAAGAACAAAUCGCAAUUUCGCUAUCAUAAGAAACCUGGGAUUAUAUAUUCCGAUGCUAACAUAUCGAAAGGUACUAUUUUGGGUCCAGGUUGUGGUGUUAAAAAUUACAAAAUACCAAAAAUUAAACGUCCUCUGGAAAUCGACAGUGACAAUGUAACUAAUAAUGUCAAAGAAAAAAUUUCAGAGGAAAUGAGGGAUAGGAAUAGCACGAACUGGUCAGGCAUAAGGAUUGAACGUAUCGAUUCAGAUAAACAGAAUUCAAAUAUCGAUACAGGCGAUAAUAAUAGCGAUGCAAGUAACGACAAAAAUGUUAAAGUGAACUUAGAUAUCAAUAAUACUAAAACUAAAGAUGAAGAAAGUAAUCAAAACGUUUUGAAAUUGAGUUCAAAUAGACGCAUAACCCGUUCUUCUGUAAUAAGCACAUCUAGUACUGACAGUUUGAAUGAGGAGGUUAUUGUAAAAAGGACUAAAAAGUGUAAAACAAAACAAAUGAUUUAUGAUGAGUCAGAAUCCGAAAAUGAAGAAAACGUGCAAAGGCAUGUCGCUGUUCAAAGCGAAUCCAUAAGAGUCAGUAAAAGCUUAGAGCAUAACCCAUUGGAAAGUUCCGAUUUACCUUACAAAGACGUUUAUUUGGGAGAUAAUGCACCAACCCAAAAAUUUACACAUAAUGAAGAACUAAACUUUAAUAUUUUGGAUCGAAAUAAUGAAAUGGAUAAAAAAGGAUUUCUUUCGACUGAAGAAUUGAAUAUCGAUAAGGAAAACGCAAAUACUAAAAAAAUUGAACAUAGUGACAAUAAUAAUGUUACUCAAGACAUUAGUUUACCAGCUGCCGAAUUAAAUAUACCAAGUAGUAUUUCAGAUUCAAGUUACAAUUUACAACAUCUUAAUGCUGUAAAUGAAAUCAAGAAAAAUAUUAAUCAAGAGGUUGUUAGUACAGUGAAGGAAAUAAUUUCUAAGCAACCCGUUAUAAACAAUACUGGUAACGAAAUUGUUAACUCUAGUAUUGGAGAUCUUGAAAUCUUUUCAGAUACUAUUGCAACUGACCCUGUACUAGAUAACAUAAAUGCGCUAAUUGCAGAUUUAGAUCACGAUAUAGAUACUGUAAAAAGUAAUGAAGUUCGCGGUUCCUUCAAACAAGAUUUCUUGUUAGAUCAUAUGUUCGACAGUAUUAAAGAAAACUCUUAUAUGGAUGGUCAAAACAUAAGUGUAGGAAACAACAUGGAUUCUAUGUCCAAAGAGAUGUCUCAAGACCAAAAUACCGGUGAGCGUACUAAAACACUUGCAGAAGAUAUAGAUAUGUCGUGCAAAAAUGAAAUUGUACCAGAAAAUAAAAAUGUAACUAUGGCUGAGUUACAUGUUAUAUCUAAAGUAACUUCUAUUUCCUCUAAGCGUGAAAUAAAACCGAGUGAAUGUGUUCCUAAAAAUAUACAUGUGGACAAUAAUAGUAGUGACGCAAUAGUGUCCACAACAAAAGAUGAUAUAAAAUUUCUUUCACAUGAACAAAAUACAUCGACAGAAAGCCACGCUAGUUCUACCAGCAGACCAGAUAGUACAAACAAUGUUGUUGAUCAACACAGAAUAACGAAUGCAAUUGCGCCGGACAGUACAAAUGAGUCAAAUGAUCUAAUUUCUAGUUCAAAUUCAGAAGUUCAAAGUGCUACCCUAACUGUUGAUUCAUCAAAAAGUGUUGAUAAAAGUGACAGUAUUGGUAAUUUUUUGUCAAUACUUCAAGAUAAAACCAAAAUAAGAGAGUUAUUAAGUAUAUUAGGAGAACAAUCGUCAGAAAAUGAAAAAAUAAAAAAGAAAUUAGAGAAGCUCAGUGCAAUCGUAUCGGACGAUGAAGAUGAUAUUAAUAAUGACUGUAAUAUUACAAAAGUUAGUUCAGGGAAUACGAAUGAAGUAAUACUGUCGAACGACGAAGUAGUUGAGAGCAAAUCAACGGCGCAUCUCGACAAAUUUGCCUUGAUAAACACUCCCGAUGAUACUGGUGAUUUAAAUGUUCUUCAUAGACACAAAAUUGAUAAAUUAGAUUCCUCUGUAGAAAUGAUGAAGCAUAAUGAUGAUACCACCGAAGGUGUAAAUGCUAACGAAAAAGAACUUUGCAACAAUAUAAAUAAAAAUAUAUCGCCUAAUGGUGAAACUGAGUCUGAAUGUGCAAAAGGUACGAAAGUUACUAAGAAAGGACGGGGAAAGAAAUUUGGAAAAGGUGGUAUUUCAGCAAAAAAACGAUUAACAAGAUCAGUUGCUGUAGCAAAAACAAAGACAAAUAAACCAUCAAGAGAGCUAUUAAAUUUACAGGCGGACAUAAGAGAAAUGUUUCUGAAAGACGACGAAGACAUUUUGGGAGGUACCACAGGUUUGAGAAUGUGCCGCUUAGCUAAAUUAGGCGGCGAAAAAUCACAAAGCCAAUUACGAGAAGAAUCGGCGAAAAAUUAUACAGUGGAAAAGUUAAAAAAUAGUGAAGAUUCGAUAAUAGUAGAAAAAACACCGAAAAGAAAAUAUACUAGAAAAAUUAAAUCUGACAGGUAUAAUAAAAUUAAUGAAGAUUCACUUAGUCCUGUUAAUAAAGAAACAGCAUCUGAAAAAGAUCCAUAUCUGUUUGAAAUAGAAUCAGUAAAUGAAUCUAUAUCAACUGCGGAAAAGAGAGAAUAUUCCUCUGAAAACGACAGUGAUUCAGCCGAGUCAUCUCAAUGUGAAUCUUCCGAACGACUUUUCUCCGGAAAGAAGAAAAAGCCAAAACGUAAGCGUAGUGCUUGGCAAUCUGGCAUAAUUCUAACUAAGAAUAAGAAAAAGAAAUUGAUAAAUACUAAACCGAAAAUUAUCGCUACAGAUUUUCUUGAAAAUGCAAUGGAUGGAGAUCGGAAAACUAAAAUUCCGAAUCUUAAUUGCUAUGUCGAUAAAUUGUACUGUUUUUCUAAAAGUAUCUCCGAAUAUGACUGCAAAUUAUGUGAUAAAACUUUUACAAAUAUUGUAUGUCAUUAUAGAAAAGAACAUCCACAUAGCGAAAUACCCUUAUCACGUAUGAGCCCAGACAUAGCCCUGGAAGCUAUUAAACAAUGUGAAACAAUAGACUUUCGAGCUAUUUGUCAAAUACCAAGCUAUCGUUAUGUUUGUAGAUUUUGUUUUAAAGAAUUCACAAAAUGUAAAACAUUAGAAAGUUUCUUUUGGCACAUAGUAAGUGCUCAUACUGGGGAAUAUAAAGAACCUUGCACUGUUUGCGAAGACAAUGAGAAAUGUCCGCUCGCUUUAGAUAUACCCCCACCUCCCUUGAAACAGAAGGGGCAGUUAAUAGGUUACAUAUGUGGCAAUUGUAAUUAUACUCAGUUAUCGUUAGAAAAUUUGAAAACACACGUAAUUACUAGGCACAACAACGAACAAACCGAAGUUUACACAAUCAAUAUGUCACACUUGUCAGUAAAAGCUUUAAAUUCUCUUUUAAAACAAACAAAGAAGAUAACUAUUAGUAAUGAAUCAGAAGAGCAACGAGUUCUGAGAAGUACCCGAAUCUGUGCUAAUUCGGCCAUGAACGAUGAAAAAAGUGAAAUUGCCGAUGAAAGCGAUAAUGCCUCGAGAACUGCAAUUUGUCAUGAAUCUAAUUUAGUGAAUUCAAAGAAAAUCACCAAGAUACAUUCUAAAAUAACAUUUGAAAAUGAUACUGAUAACGAAGAAAUCUUACAUGUCUCAAUGAGCAAUGUAACAAGUUUAAAGGUAAAAGAAGAACCGAAAGACAUAGACGAAAUUAGGGAAUCUGAGAAUGAAUUGCCACAACGAAGUGAAACUUUAACACCAUUCGAUGAACCGAAUGUUCAAAUUACAGACGAUAACGAAACUGAACGCGGUAAAGAUAUUAAUGAAUCGCCACAUCUUAAAGUUACUUACACCGAUUCAGGUUCUAAGCUAUAUGUUUGUUGUAUUAACGGUCAUCCACAUUAUAGAACAGCACUUAUGAUAUCCUUUAAAAAGCAUAUACAGGUAGCUCACAUAGAUGAUAAAUGGGAUGGUUAUUGCUGCAUUUGCAAAGUUAUUGUAAUGCCCCAAGGACUCCAUAGUUACAGAAGUUGCUUAGACCAUUUGAUAGAUAAUCAUUUAGAUAAUUUCCCAGUGUUAGAAAUACCCACUGAAAAACCAACAGAAUGUUGUGCAGAAAAACCAAUGGAAGAAAAUAUUAAACUUUCAGUAACUUCACCAGUUCAAAAUUCACCAAAACCAAUUUUGUCUGUUCGACCACUAUCCGAACUCCUUCCGAAUACCGCAACUUAUGCAAAAAGCGAUCAAUCGCCACUACCAGUCAUAGAAAAUAUUGUAAGCUUAGGGAAUUCAACAGAACCUCUGAUAUCCUAUCCAACGCAAGAACCAGUUCAAGAUAAGCGUUAUCUGUACGAAGAGGCUCAAGCUGAAAUCAUGUCAAAGAAACACAUAAUUAUUUUAGAUGCAAUGAUAAGUCAAGAGAAAUUGGUUCAAGUCUUUAAAUGCGCGGGUCGUUUUUGUUCAUACACCACAAAUAGCGCUGAGGACGCAUUGCUUCAUGUAUCUACUCAUUCUCGUAUAGGCGGUGACAAUGCUUUGAAAUGCGCUUAUUGUCACUUUGAUUGUUUGGACAAUGCGAUUGAUUUGGUUACACAUGUGUUUAAAUAUCACGGGUUCUGUCAGUAUGUGUGUGGCUAUUGUUUCUACAGAGCGACCGCUAGCCAACUUGUUAAUACGCAUAUUGGUAGAGUUCACGAAAAUGUACCGGUAAAAACUAUUCUAAAGUCAGCGUUUACAACUGAACCAAUAGAAGCAAACAUGUUAUCAAGGGAAGCCGCUGUACCGACCUAUGUUUGUACUUGUGAUGAUGAAGAUGGGGUGAAAUGUAAAUUCAAGACUUAUACACCGGGAAAACUUUGUGAACACAUUAAGGGCAGACACAAAGAUGUUACAAUCCAUGAAUGUUUUAUCUGUAAAGCACCAUCAGACUCCGUUGCAGCAUUAAUCCAUCAUUAUAAGUCGCACGGGCUUAAACUUUAUCAAUGCGCGUGGUGCGUAUUUGGUGCCGACAGUGAGAAUGAAUUAUUGACCCAUUCGUCAAUCCAUCACGCCGUCUGUCAGCCAAAAGCAUAUCUGAGAGUCAUUACAAAUAAGGAGGGGACUUCAGAAUUUAGAGUACUGCCACUAGCGCAAUUGAAUAAAUCUAACCUACCUACCAAAUCCAACAUAACGGAUGUGUCUCCAACUGGAGUGAGAGAAAACCCAGUCAGGGAAGCGGAGAGAUCUAUGGAUUUGGAGAAACUAAUAGGGCACACAACAUCUUUCAAUGAGUCUACAGCUAUCAUAGAAAAGGAAACACCUAAUGAAGUAUCUUCAGAUGAGCCCAGCAUUGCCGAAUCAAUGCUCAACUUUACCUCAGAGCCGCAAUCAAGGUCAUGCACCUCACUUGCUGCAGUGACCAUAGACCAUUCAACACCUAUCGUCAAGAGCGAGGUGGUAACUCCAAAUUCACCGAAACCAGGAACUUCCACUGAUGUCAUAUGCCUAGACAGCGAUGACGAGGUUCUCAACACAUUAAAUGUGUCCAGAGAAUCCAACUUAACAAAUACCCCAAGCAUACAAGAGCCACAGGGCUUAGAAAUGUCUAACUCUUUGGAUGACCCUGUAAAAUCACAGUUUCGUUUGAAAUCUUUGUACAAAUGCGCCACGUGCUCCGUAAUAUCAAAAAAUUGUGCCCAUUUCAAAACUCAUUUAUCAAAGUGCUUCCCUAACCAAACAUACCACAUACCAUGUGCGUUCUGUCCUUUUAAAGGUACGAAAACUAAACUUCUCGCUCAUUAUACUCAAAAUCAUCUACAUAAACCUAAAUCAACGGACCGAAAUGAUUCUCUUGACUCGAUUGGACCACAGGAUAAAGCAAAACAACAAUCAACCGAAAAUCCUUCUAAUAUCGUUCUUUCGGCUAAAAAAGUGGGAGGAGUGACAUUUAGAGAGCUAACCGCUAAAAAGAAUUCCAAACGAAAAACAUCUGCUGAGAACAGCCUAGGACCACCUGUGAAAAUAACUAAGUAUGGCCCGCACGAAAUCGGUAAACUACCUAUAAACCCUAUUUUUGAAAAUUUUAUAUAUUGUUCACUUUGCGAGUUCACCACUAAAGUUCGUUUGAAUAUGGUACGUCACUUGCAGUUGCACGCGAAUCAACAGCCUGUACCACAAACGGCUCCCGUCAACCCCGUCCCGCAUUUAGAAACCAACGAAAUGCAUUUUGAUAAAAUGCUUAAUUUAGCUUCCAGCUCGCUUGCCAACAGACAAGAUAAACUCAACAAAAACGAAACCCCGACGAUCCCUAUUCCCCUCGAAAGGGCAUCUUCCUAUCCCAAAUAUGUUCCACAACGAACACGCCAUACAUGUGGCGCUAAAGGCUGCUCGUAUAUUUCAGUCGAUGAAAAUAUGUUGAAAUGUCAUUGGGAGACUUUACAUUCGGGUAGCAAUGAUUUCCACUGUGUGCAUUGCCCUCCUUACCAAAAAUUAGACACGACAACACCGCUGACAGCUUCUCGUAUAAUCGCUCACCUGAAAAUGCACGAUGCUAAGCUUUACGCUUGUUCCCAAUGCCGAUUCUAUCAUUUCAAACAAACGAUAGUCGAAAAACAUGUCAAUGAAGCACAUAAUCGCGGUGACGUCAUGGUCGUCAGAGAAGAAGUAAACAGUGUUCUUCAAAUGACCCCUCCCGUGUCGGCCUCCACAGCGCCGACUAUGGACUUGAAACCUUGGCAAUGUGGUCUUUGUGAAUAUAAAAGUUUAUUGCGUCCCGAAGUAGUCGAACAUUGCGCGAAAAUACACAAUUCUAAAAUGCAAUUUAAAUGCGUUUAUUGCGCGUUUAGAACUUCAAAUGAAGAAAAUGUCACCAAACAUCAGUCACAAUCGCACCAAGAGUUUCCUGCUGCGACAUUUUAUUUCUAUUAUCGUGAAGGGUCAAUGCCUAAUCAAGCCGAUGGGACUCCAUUUUGGAAAAUUCAGAAGCAAAACUAUGGUUCUUCCGAAACCAAGAUUAAAUCUGAGAAGGGCGAGGCAGUUUCUUUAAGCACAACUCCCUUUACUAAUAUAACACCUCCCGAUUUCAAUCUUACCAUCGUAAAGCAAGAAGUAGUUGAAUCGAUCGAAGAAAACAUAGAAGAUCUUUGUAAGUUAUUUGGUCAGUUCUGCGAGCCGAAUGGCUUAAGGUACAAAUGUCCAUUGUGUAAAAUUGUAAUUGAAGACACUAAAGAAGCCAUGCAGUCUCAUCUGUAUGAAGAGCUACAAUAUAGAAAGUGGAGUUGCAGCAUCUGUUUCUACAAGGCAUUCCAUAGGCGUGGUCUAAGCGAACAUAUGACAUCAGAGCAUCGCGUCAAUCGAGACCCUGUGGAGCUACCUGUUGACACUCGGGUCGAAACUUGGGUCACGGGCCUUCUCCAACAUCAAGAGGCCCAUAUUGAUAACUGUAGGCAAAAAUUGGCUAAACAAAAAGCUGAAAUUAUAAAAAAAUCUCAAGGCGCUAGUGAACUGAAAUGUCUCUUGAUUCCUCAAAAUACAACUGUAAGCAAUGUGACAAACAUACUCAGUAAAGAAGAAUUGGAAAAUAAAUUUGGUGCUCUGGGUGUCUCCAAGGACAUGGCUUUUUGUUGCCCAAAGUGCAACGAAGUUAUUAGAGAAGAAUGUACAAUGCGUAACCAUUUGGAAAGUGAAUUGAAUAAGAUACGAUGGUGUUGCAGUACUUGUCCUAAAACGUUUACAUCCUACCAUCAGGCACAGUUUCAUUGUAAGACCCACUCAGGGCAGUCGUCUCGUCCGGUGGAAGCUCCUCGAGAUUCAGCCGUCAGGACGGCCUGGGUUGAUGCUGUACUAGAGGUUCAAAAACUUAGUAUGAAUUGUGCCCCUCAGUCAGUCGAUCAGCAACGUCGGUCUAUUUCACCUGACCCUUCAGACAACUCUUUACUAGUAGUACGAUACGAGGAAAGAGUUCCAACGCCUGAAAACCAGUCAACGUAUUCAAGAGAGUCCCCCGAUAGCGAUGUUGAUAGGCUCGUUAUCACUGAAAUCAAACAUAGAAAGCGCAAGGCAAACACCAGCUGCAAAUAUUGCGACUUUUCAUCUACCAAGAAGAAAAUCUUAAAUGAACACAUCCUCCAAAUCCAUUAUGACCUAAAACCGUAUAUGUGUGAAUACUGCAAGGUGACCGGAACUAUAAGUUAUCUUAAAAGACAUCAGAAAGUCUAUCACGCGAUGAAACCUAUAAAUAUAAUAGCUACCCAAGUUCCAACUGAAUCGCCGUCUGAAUGGGUUAAAACAAAAUUGGACGUGCCGUCAAUUGGAAUCAUUUGCCUCACUUGUCAGUCACCUGUGUUACAAUCAGAGAUUUCCGAUCAUGUACAUGAAAAUGCUGAGACGGAAUUCGGUCGUAUAGGCGAAGUAAUCAUCAAAUGCUCCACUUGCAGUACUUUACACAAAGACAUUCAUAAGUUCGAAGAACAUAAGAAAAAAACACAUUCAAAGGAUGGCAAUUAUGUGUUUUAUAAACUCACUAACCGGCGAGUUCAGGCGAAAUGUUCAUAUUGCCCACAGAAAUUUACAUUAAAGAAAGAUUUGAAAGCGCAUACAGAAGCUUCCCAUUCCGAGCAGAUAAAAUAUGCGACUUUAGAACCGCAAUCAUCGAAGGUGAUAGUUUUGGAUGACGAGGAGGAAACCAUGGGUGAGGUAGCGUUAUCUCCUAGAAAGCGAGUAGCCAGAAAGUCCACAUCAAAGCUGCCGUUUUUUAAAGCGGUAGCGCGAAAGUCAACCUCGAAAUUGCCGAUAGAGUAUCAGGAAGAGUAUUCUUUCUAUGGUACAAAGCCUUGUUUAGACAGGUUGGAAAAUGUGACUACUAUGAUGCCAUUCUACAACUCCUAUAUGCCAGUUACCUUUGAAAGGCUAAGUGGUGUAUUAAAUGUCGAUCCAAAAGUAGUGAUAACCAAACUGCCAAAUGAAACAUUAAAAUAA